GUAGAGAUUUUACAAAAAAAUAUUACAGAAAUUUGAGCAAAAAUUUAUAUUGAAUAUGUUGAUAAAUUAAUUUAAAUCUGUUUAAGACUAGUCAGAGUGCAAUUAACCAGGAACCAUUUCCAUGCAAUGACAACGAUACAAAGAGAAUGACAGAAUUCCUAUGCUUACCAUAAAAUGUGUUGAUUGUACUUGCAAAUAACCUAAUCCUCAAGAUUAGAAUGGUUUUUAUUGGAAAUAAUGGAUAGAAAAAUACACAGAUCAAAUAAAUACAUAUUCCAAAUCCUUCAAUAAUAAAUGAUUAUUGUGUGAACACUUACAGAAAACUGAGACAGCAAAUAUUGUUUAGAGACUAAUAUCAUUUUCUAAAAACAGUUGUUAAAGUGUGCUAGCAUGCACAAGCUAAAUUGAAUUCCUGUGGAACGUUCCGGAGAUUAUAAAAGAAGAGUUUGAAGUUAAAAGGAAAGCAAAUUAUCGAAGAAAUUGAUUAAUGAAAUGCAGAACAUUGAACACAGUUACUUCAACAUGGUUGCAUACUCUAUAACAAUGUGGCUUCUGGGUCGUAGCAGAGAACUAACGGGUCUGCAAUGGUAAAAUGUUGAGAGGAAUGAAUUGGAUGGCACCUGAAGAAAUUGAAGAACAUUACAAGAAGACCAGAGUUUUACAGCUGUUCCAGGAAUAAACGUAAUACAUAAUUUUAUAUAUGAUCACUAAAGAACAAGAGAAGUAUCAUCCGAACAUGAAGAGAACAGAGUCAACAACAGAUGCAGUGUUAUUUCAACAUGAUUGCAUAAUCUACAACUAUUUAACUCUGAAUUGUGGCAGAGAAGUAACCAUUAUAAAGUAUUAGGGUCACAGGAGUAAUAGUCGAGAAUUCUUGCAUUAUGACAUAAAUUAGUUAAAAUCUCUGUAGUGUAAUAUGGCAGUAUCAAGUGAAAGCAUCAGAAACUGUACUGGUAGUAGACAUUUCAUCCUGAUAUCUAAACCACAAAUCAUUUGGACCAAGCGUUGAGAUAUAUAAAAAAGUUAUGAAUAGCAAACAAAGAAAAGCCCAUCCCGACAGAGGCCAGAGUUAUGUGAAGACUUGGAAGAAAAUGAAAAUGUGGCAUACAAAAUACAUCUGAUUUGGUGGAUAGGACAAAGUAAAAAAAAAAAAUUGUGAAUCAAAAAAUUUCAGAAGAGAUGUUAGUCAAUAUAAAACACUCUUUCAGUGAUAUAAUUUAUCAGCCCAUACUAUUUCUGUUGAACUAGAUUUAAGGAGCAUCAUGUUGUAAAUUUGGAGGUAUAAGAUUUGAAUAAAAAAGUUAAUAACAGCAUAGGCAGAAAGGCAUUGAAACCAAAGCUGGCAAAAGUGUGUGUGUGUGUACCAGCCUUUGAUAUAAAAGUAUGAAAUUUAAGGCUGUGGUGUGAGUUUAUAAUAAACCGAGCAUUGCAUAAAAAUGUAACAAGAGAAACAGAAAUCCUUUUAGAGUAAAUCUUUUAAUUUGCAUAAGCAGCUGCUCUGACUAGUUUAACAACAUUAUGGAGGCAUUGAUCUGCACUUUUAUUUGAAAAUUAAUUUAAAUAUGGAGUUUAAAUGUGCAAAAUGGUGCAUUCAGUGAUGACAAAUGAAAGUAUAUAUAUAGGUAUUUACUAAACAGAAAGGACUUUGUAAAGGUAUCUGAACUAGAAUUUGUUUGUGUUAAGAAACUGUUGUAUUGUAAAGGACUCCACUAAUUAUAAGCCUGCAAGUAAGGAUGAUGAUCAUCAGUCAAAUAAAAAAUGAAAAAAGAAAAGUCUUAAAAGUAGAGCGCAAUAGAUUUAAAAAAGAAAUAAAAUACUUUUUCUAAAAGCUAAUGAAAAAUGCAAAAGUAUUCAUUUCAUCAGUAUGUGCCGAUUUUUAAUAUAUCAGAAGGAAGGCAGGAGUUUCAAGAGUUCAGAAAAGAUGUAAAGGUAUACCUUAAAAUAUUACAAUCAUGUCAAAAGAUAGUAAUGCAUACUAUUAAAAGGAAUCAAAUCAAUAAAGAAGCAUUUGUGUAAACUGAAAUUCAAAAGAACCGGAAAAAUUUACAGAAAGCAAAAGAUUAUAGUGUAUUUUCUUUGCAACGUUAAAUUGUGAAAUUGGCUUCAGUUGCAUUUUUAUUGCAAACCAGUUGAAAUUUUUAUGACAAUCUGGAAGAACAGUUGCCAACAUGCAAAGGAAAUACACCUCAGAGGUCGUAGAGGACGGCCAGCUUCGAAGUCAACUACCGUUAAUCGGGUAACAAGAUAUUGUUUGAAAUCGCCUGGUAGAGCUGUUAAAGAAGAUGAAGGGCCGCCUCCACCAAAGUGUAGAAGACAGACCAGAGUGUUAGAGAACAAUCGCAAGUCACCUGUAAAAAAGCAGAAGAAAGGCAGAGAUAACCUAAAUGCAAGGCCACUCACCAGGAGUGUAUCAAAGCUGAUAAAGGGCUAGGUGGCAUGGUGCAGGGAGAUACGUUGAAACACAAAGUAGGACUUAACAGCAUCAUUCUAAGAUGCUGAACUAGUACCAGCAAAGCUCCCAUCAGUAAACUAUAAGGGUGUAUGUUGUAACAGUUUGAGAUGUCAGCAGAAACUAAUGUGUGUUUUAUCAUAUUUUCAUGACAACACGGCAAGGAAAAAUUCUCUCUCUCUCUCUCUCUCUCUCUCUCACUCAGUGUGUGUGUGUGUGUCUCGCUCUCUAACACACCUCAACACUCCAGUGAACUUAUCUCCCUAUUUAUAAAUUCUCAUAUCUCUUGUUGCACCCUCGGCAUUUGAAGAAACACCAAAAUUUUUAUUUUGCUACAUAUAAAUUUCCAGUUUAUCCCUAAGCUCAUUUGUCGAUUUUCUUCCUUUAUAUUUUAUCUAAUGUAUAUUAUUCUGUGAUUUGAAUUUGUUACAGAUGGAAGAUGAUCAUCACCCAAAUAAAAGGACUUCUUAACGUGACAAUUCAUGUAAACAUUUAUUAUCCAUAAGUUUUUGUGGUUUUUUCCCCAAGUGGUUUGUGUUUGUGUGUGAGAGAGAGAGAGAGAGAAACUCCUUCAAAAUGCUGUAUAUUUUAUGCUGAAUUGUAUGGACUGACCGUAAUGGCAAUUUUUUUGUUAGUGUACAUUUUUAUUGUGUAUAUGUAUUGUGUUGAGAUAUUUUAUCAAUUGUACAUAGUAGAUCAAGGCAAAAUUUGUGGAUAAAAGUUGAUGGGGCUUUUGCUUUUUAUUAACCAAAUACAUUGUAUUUUUAUAUUUAAAACAAAAACUGGUUUGCUAAACAUCGUGAGAAGUGAUGCUUGUACAGCAGAAGCCUUGUCAAUUGAGUCCAUUAAUUUUGUACUUAACUUGAAAACAAAUUGUCAUUGUAUUAUAGACAACAUUAAAUGUUUUAUAUGUAACUUAUUAAACUGUGAUCAUUGUUAUGAAUUAUAAUUUUGUGUCAUUCCUUUUGUAAUUAAAUGUUGGAGCAACAACAAGUAAUUCAUGUUUUUCAUUAAGGAACAGAAUACUCAAACAAUUUUGACAAAGUUAGUUAAACAUUGAAAUUAUGUGGUAUUGUUUCAGUGUCAAUGCUGCCCUGUAUUGU